GUGAUUUCUAUAACAUUUACGUAAAUUAGUCAGUGCACUGAAAUUGAAAACUAGUUAACGUGAGACUACUUGGUUCAUCGUGGUUAUAACUUGUAUGACUGAGAAAUGUGAUUACUUAAGUUCCCUACUGAAUCUAUUUGGGUUUGAAACUUGAAAAUUUAUUUGUUUCAGUAAAACUAUUAGUAUUAGUACUACUUGUACUAUCUUUUUAUUAACAUGAGCACUUUCAGAGGGAAAGUUGCAGAGUACAAGUUAAUUGCUAUUGAUAACUUUGAAUCGAAGAAUUAUGAUUCUACGGUUUAUUUUUUGUCUCACUGCCAUAAAGAUCAUAUGGUUGGUCUUUCUUCUCCCAAAUUUCUUCAGAGACUGAAGUCUAGUUUCAAUGUGAAGCUUUACAUGUCAGAUAUUUCUAGGAUUCUUCUCCUGAAUGAUCCCACAUAUAGGCACUUAUCACCAUAUCUGGUAUGUAAUUUACAACUUUGGUAAUUUCAGUGAGAUUUAUUUUAUGUGACUUAAAUAUGAAAAAAUUCCAUAUCUCCAUUUAGAGUUGGGAAAUUAGUGGAAUUUGCUAAUCAAUUAAUUAACAUCGUUAAAUGAUUGUAAUCAAUUUUUGAUCCUUACAAGCAAAAAAAAAAA